UUAUGUUCAGAAAUAUGUUCUCACAUAUAUGGACCCUUUUGAUACUUGUUACCUCAAAAACGGGUGAUUCUACGACGGUUAAAGAUGAAUUUUGUGGAGGCAUUUUUGAGGAGGAAAGGACAGGAAUUAUCAGGGUGCCAUCGCAGAGCGGGACUCAGUACGCGCCAUUUCUAAAUUGUCGCUGGGAAAUUACGGCCAAAGUUGACGAGAGGAUAACACUGGUGUCCAAUGAAUGGGCAGUCGAAGAGUCACCUGGAUGCACCUGGGAUUACUUGGAAAUUCGGGAUGGGUCUGAGAACAUCAGCGCUUCCAUUGGCAAGUUCUGCGGUUAUCAUCCUUUGAGGCUGAUAACGGAAUCUAAUAGGGUUUUCCUGUACUUUGUCUCCGAUGGAUCGUUUCAGGACUGGGGGUUUCAGCUGUCAUUCAAAACUGUCCCAAAAGGUAGCCCAACCCAAUGCAAUUCGAUCAUUACACGUGAUGGAUACAUCACUUCUCCAGGAUAUCCUUCCACGUACCCACCCAAUCAAAUAUGUCUCUACUGGGUCAAGUUCCCGGAUGACAAACAGUGUGACAUAGAGUUGGUUUUUCUUGACGUGACGGAUGAAACAUGUCUGUUUGACCGACUUGAUGUUUACGAAGGAAGAACAUCACAUGGCAAACCAUUGAAAACCUUUUGUGGAAAACAGAAGAACACAUCCCUCUCUAGUGAGUCCAACUGGAUGCUGCUGGUCUUUGCGUCAGACUAUUAUCAGGAGGGGCGGGGCUUCAAGCUCUAUACCAAAUCACGUGAUAAGAAUCUUCCAUUUCUGCCAAUUUUGAAUGACAACAGUUGCGACAAAACCAUAGAAACGGAGAUAAAUGGAACCCUUUCAAGUCCUGGGUACCCGGAAGAUUAUCCAAACAAUGCUCACUGUGUAACUGUCAUCCGGGCUCCUAUUGUUAACCAUGUGAUUAGAGUAUCAGUAAAUUUUCUUGAGAUGGAAGCAUCUAAAAACUGUUCCUUUGAUUCGCUAACAAUAUAUGCGACUGAACAUGCAGAUUCGACAAUAAUUGGAAAACUUUGUGGAGUUUCUGAACAGAAACAUGUGUUCGAAUCAGCAUCGGGAAGUAUUCGAAUAGAGUUCCGGUCUGAUUCUGUUAUUCACUGGAGAGGAUACGAGGCGACCUUUGACCUACUUCCAAAACGAGUGUGCUAUCCUCCUUGUCCAUCCGGGACUGUUUGUGUCAACAAGGCUGGAACACAAAUAUGCACUGUGGGAUUGAAAUGCUCCAUUGAUAUUUGUUACCAUGGAGACUGUGUACAGAACAACCAGGAAGCAUUCAAAUGUUUCUGUCACCAAGGUUACGGUGGAGCGUUUUGUAGGACCAAAGUUGACAUAAACAAGAAUUCUACCGGCAUGACUAUGCUUAAAUCUCCGAAAGAUCACGAGGUGUUCCGAGGCAAUCGUGAAAUACUUGAAUGUAAAUCAAACGAUCCCAGCGCACAGUAUAUAUGGCUGUAUGAGGGUCUCCUUCUACAGUCAGAUAAUGAACACAUCACUGUGCUACCGGGAGGAAUUCUGGACAUUCAGGACUUCAGUGAAGAAUUGGAAGGGGCAUACAAGUGCAUUGCUAACACUGCCACCGACUUUGUAGAAGUAGAAUUUCGCUUGACUCUCAAAGAAUCAUGUUAUCUUGCUGUGGAGGCAGGUCCAAUGGACACUGUUGUUGAAAUUGGAAGUACGGCAUUGCUCUCAUGUUUUGUUCCUGCUGCAAAGCGAAUAACAUGGUAUAAAGACAACACACAGCUUACCUCCUCACAUUACUUGAUAUUGGCAGGUGGAUUUUACCUGAAAAUUGACGCAGUAAGACCAGAAGAUACAGGAAAUUAUUGUUGUUUGGCGGAAGGAGAAACCGGUUGUACGGCUCAGCGAUAUGCAAAAAUAAUGGUGGACACAGAAUAUAAGCAUGAAGAGUGUGGAGCACCUGCAGCGUCCUUUGCAGUACCACAGAUGUCUGCUAGAAUUAGUAGCGGGAGUGCGGUCACCACAGAAACAACAGCAUGGCAUGUCAUUUUGAGGGAAAAUAUUGAGGAUAAAACCUUUUGUGGAGGAACACUCAUUUCAAAUAAGUGGUUAAUUACCGCUGCACACUGUUUUGCACAUUACUCCAAUGAAUUCAAACGUCCUCUAAAAAGGACUAAUAUAGAUCUCAUAUUGGGAACCAACAAAUGUAACGGCGAAGGCGGAAUAAAGAGGAGGAUCAAACAAUUCAUAACUUAUCCUGAUUUUGCCAAGAAAGCAAUUUAUGAUAACGAUAUUGCAUUGGUUGAAAUGGAUGAUCCAGUCAAUUUUACUGAUAAAAUACAAGCACUUUGUCUCAAGCCUAAAGAUAUGAUUGAGGAUAUUUUUCUAACUCAGCGUGUUGGAAGAAGGGUAGGCCGGGUCAUUGGGUGUGGUCAGAUCUAUGAAAACAUAAAGGAAACCCCAGAACAAAUCCAUGAUGUGUAUGUUCCCACGAUUAAUCGUAAAAAGUGCGAGGACGCAAACAUUGGUAACGGGAACUUUACCGACUCCAUGUUUUGUGCAGGAUACGAGCGCGCGCUCUUUGGCGAUGCUUGCUACGGAGAUAGUGGUGGGUCUUUAAGUAUGCGGUUAUCUGACAGUCAUCCUUGGGUUCUUGUAGGCGUGGUCUCAUGGGGUGUUGGCUGUGACAGACCGAAGCAUUACGGAUAUUAUACAAAUGUUGGAAAAUUUUAUGACUGGAUCCAGGGGUUGAUCAUUUAGAUUAAGAAAUAUGUUUGCAUUG